AUGAGGAUCUUCACCGCCUCGGCAUUGAAACUCCUGCCACUGUUGGCCACGCUCCUACACAAAGUCCAAUCUGUCACAAUUACAAAAUACAAAACUGUCGUGGUUACUCCUGCCAGCAUCGUAUCGACGUCCACCAGAUCAACCACCUCAACUACUAUCGUCUACCGCACCGCAACGGGCACCUACACAGAAUCCAUUACUUCAAACCCUCAAACGACCGAGCCAGAUUUCAAAACAGAAAUCCUGGACCUGCAUAACUCGCUUAGAGCCAAACACAGUGCCGGCCCGCUGCAAUGGGACUCCAACCUCGCCUCAAAGGCCCAGGAUUACGCCAACACUUACGUCUGCGAUGGCCAGCUGAAACACUCGACUUUGCCCUACGGCGAAAAUCUGGCCCUAGGAUACAACACCACGGCCGCAACCAUGGCCUGGUAUGACGAGUACAAGCUCUACGACUUCUCAAACGGCCAGUUCUCCACUCAAACCGGCCACUUCACACAGCUCGUAUGGAAAAACUCAACCAAGUUGGGAUGCGCAUACCUUAUUUGCGGGAAAUACUACGGACAGUACACCAUUUGCGAGUACGACCCGCCAGGCAACAUCGUCGGCCAGUUCCAGCAAAAUGUCCUACCGUCCACAUGA